AUGGAACAAGCCAGAGACAACUGGGGAAUUCUUGCGAUUGUACUUAUAAAGGCUGAGUGUGCCGAGAUAAGAGCGAAGCCUCACCGUGAAGGUAGAGAUGAGGUUUACCUCAUUGUUCUAGGACUCGUGUUCCAUGUCUACUGGACUCUGUGGCAUCUGAUCCUGUCCUAUGUAAUGCCAGCCUCUCAUUCAGAUCAGCCUGGGUGUAGACUGAGUGGCUUAACCCUCAGUGGUCUCCGGGAGAGUGGAAACGUGCUGAUCGGGGCCAUCCUUCCCCUCCACUUUGACAGAAAGUAUCCAGAGAUUGACUUCACAAUGAGUCCUCAACAAGGACCCUGCAUAAUGUUUCGUUUUGAGGGGUUACAGCAGUUCCAAGCCCUGCGCUUUGCUAUUGAGGAAAUUAACAGAAGUCCAAAUCUCUUGCCGAAUACCACCUUGGGCUUUCAGGUCUAUGACUCAUGUGCUGGUCUACGUCAAGAACUGGAUGGGACACAAAUGCUUCUAACAGGACAGGAUAGAGGGAUCCCCAAUUAUUCAUGCCAGGAAGGACCAUCAAUGGCGGCCAUCAUUGGACAUUCAGUAUCCUCCUAUUCUAUUUUGAUGGCUCACAUGCUUGGCCUGUACAGAUACCCACAGAUCAGCCACUACUCCACCAGCUCUCUUCUAAGUGACAGGUCCCAAUUUCCUUCCUUCUUCAGGACUGUCCCCAACGAUGCCUUUCAGUCCAAGGGUCUGGCACAACUGGUGUUGCAUUUUGGAUGGACUUGGGUUGGAUUAAUAGCCUUGGAUGAAGAUUAUGGUCUACAGGGGAUCCAAGUCAUUAAGCAAGAACUUCUCAAGGCUGGAGCUUGCGUUGCCUUCCUGGAAUACAUCUUAAACAUCCGCCAGGAUAAGAAUGCUCCGCACCUCACAAAAGUUAUUCAAGAGUCAUCUGCCAAGGUGGUUGUAGUCUUCUCUACAGAUGUUGAAAUGGUUCCUCUUCUGAACGAAAUGGUGAAGAAGAAUGUCACUGGGAAGAUCUUUGUAGCCAGUGAAGCUUGGUCUACAUCAGCAUUAAUGUCAAAUAGUAAAUAUUCUUCAAUACUAUCGGGGUCCAUUGGGUUUUCCUUCCAUAGCUCAGUUAUUCCCCAUUUCCAACAAUACCUCAAUAAUAUCCACCCCCUCCAGGGGUCAGGAGAUACGUGGGUUUAUGACUGUCAGCUUCUCAAUAAGGAAAUGGAGGCUGAGUUACUCAAUUAUUCUAUAAACAUGUGUGCCGAAAAGGAAGAUCUGAAGAGCAUCUACAAUAGCUUCAGUGAUGUCUCCAGCCUACGAGGGGCACACAACCUAUAUGCUGCCAUUAAUGUUAUAGCCGAAGCUUUACAUGACUUUCAUAUUUAUCAUAAGACCAUAGGAGGCGAUAAAGACCGUGGAACGAUUGAGAACUUAAAACCCUGGAAGCUGUCUCACUACAUCCAGGCUGUACGGGUAAGACUAACCAGCGGAAGUGAAAUAUUCUUUAAUGAAAAUGGCGACCCACCUGCAGUUUAUGACAUUGUUUACUGGCGAACCGAUGAGAAAGGGAUCAUUCAACACGUCAAGGUUGGGAGAUAUGAUACAACACUGCCUGAAGGAAACAUUUCCAGUAUUGACCCCGGUGUUGAUAUGUGGACCUCCAACGAUGGUCAAGUGCCCCCUUCUGUGUGCAGCCAGAGCUGUCUUCCCGGCUUCAGGCAAGUCUUCAGAAGAGGACAACCCAUAUGUUGCUUCGAAUGUGUCACCUGCCCCCAAGGAGAGAUUUCCAACCAAACAGAUUCGCUGGCCUGCAUGAAGUGUCCGUGGGAUCAGUGGCCUAGUGGCCAAAAAGAUAAAUGUUCUCAAAAAGAGAGAGAAUUCCUCUCCUAUGAAGAGACUCUUGGAGCCGUUUUGGCAGCCACCACCAUCUUCUCGUCGAGUGUUCCUGCCGGUAUUUUUGGACUUUUUUUCUAUUUCAAGAAGACCCCUGUAGUAAGAGCCAAUAACUUCUCAGUGAGUUGUCUUCUUCUAGGGUCUCUUUGUCUUUGCUUCCUUUGUUCUUUGACCUUCAUUGGAUACCCCGUACCAGAGAAGUGUUUUCUACGCCAGGCUACCUUCGGUUUGGCUUUUUCUUUUUGUGUGUCUUGCAUUUUAGCCAAAACUACCAUGGUGGUUUUUGCUUUCAUGGCAACUAAGCCCGGAAGUGGAUUAAAAAAAUUAACUAGUCCUUGGGUGUCCUACACAAUUAUCACGCUCUGCACCUUCUUACAGUUCACCUUGUGUGUUCUUUGGAUGGCUCUUUCACCCCCCUUUCCAGAACAGAAUGUAAACGCAAAGCCUGGAGUCAUCAUUGUUCAGUGCAACGAAGGUUCAGUCGCCGCCUUUUGGUGCAUGUUGGGAUAUCUGGGCCUUCUGGCGACCAUUAGCUUCGUUGUAGCUUUCUUGGCCAGGAGACUUCCCGACAGCUUCAAUGAGGCCAAGUACAUAACCUUAAGCAUGCUGGCCUUCCUCAGCGUCUGGAUAUCGUUCAUUCCAGCCUAUUUGAGUGCCAGCGGGAAGUACACCGUAGCAAUGGAGAUAUUUGCUAUCCAGUCAUCCAGUUGGGCAUUGGUGGCCUGCAUGUUUAUUCCUAAAAUUUUCAUAGUGUUAUUCAGGCCAGAGAUGAACUCCAGAGAAUAUCUAAUGGGGAAAAUCAAAAAAUCUCCUAUAGAACAGGGAGAACGAUGUAACGUGUCUGCAGAUUUUUCAUACUAUUUACAGAAAUAA